AUGUUUGCUGCCAGCUCAUGGUUAGCAGAGCGUAAACUACUUGAUGGUGAAUCACCGCAUCAGCUCUACAUUCAAAACUAUUCCUGUGCAUCAUCCUCAUGUCUGAUUUUGCGGAAGUGGAUUUUCGAUCCUGAUCGGGAACGACAAUUAUGUCAAAAAGACCCAAUGUUCCGCCAGUUUGUGUUCCAUCAGGCCGUUACUGACAUCAAUGAGGUAAGCUCAUUAUGUUUAGCCUUCCUCUCGGAGGUGUUUAAAACUUUAAGAGUCAUAUGUUCGGCGAUUGGGGAGGGGUAG